GUGUCGACAAAAGGGGCGACAUCUUCCACUGGUGUCUGUCCGACGGAAUUUUUUGACAGUUCCACUGCUGCAGGUUCUUCUCGAGAUAAAUUCCGAAGUAAUUUUGGACGCGAGCACGGAGUACGCACGCCGGCCGCGUGAAUUAGAUGGCGUGUGCGAGUGCCGCGGCUACGAGAACGGCGGGUGGAAUAAUUCGCUCCGAGAACUCGGCCACUAUCGCGCACAAACAUGACAGAUCGGAGCAGGGAGCCGGAGUCGACCGCAGCGGACACCAUCGCCACCGUUGCGCAACAAACGGGCGCGCGACGAAAAUCCAGGCGUGGAAACACGAGCGGAAAACUCGCGACGCUUCUACGACGGUGCGAGGAUAAUCGGCGUCAAGAGUACAACAAGAAGGAGGACCCGAUGAGCGACACCAGGUCGGCAGAGCACAGAUUCAAAGGUCCGUCGAGCAGCAGCAAGCUGUCGUUCCUCGAUUUCGUGUGCAACGUCAGGAAGCACCUGUUAUUAAAAAAUCUAUGCAAGUCCAAGAAAAAGAGCAAAGAGACAGAAACGACGACUCUUUGUUCUACUACAAAGCAAAACAAUGUUAUAUCUGUCAUUGACUCUCUUAAUUCUUGUCAAAAGCAACAACUUUCAAAUGGCGAGCAGGCCUCGCCAAACAAACAACUUUUGUAUGAAACCAGAUUAUCAGGUGACGUACUUGAAAAUACCUGCCAUAGUAUCGAAGAGAAUGUAGCUAACAUUAGCAUGCAAUAUGGUACAACUGGCACAAAUCUUUGUACAGUUCCUAUGAAACAAAAUCAAUUGAUAAGCGAUAUCACAACUGUCAAUGAGACAAUGCAACCCACCUAUUCUGAUGCAACAGUGACUGUUUCUAAUGCAAUAGCAGAAAUUCCUGGCCCUGUCAAUGAAAUAUUAAAUAACGAACACAAAGUCAAAGCGAGUCUUGCAAGGGAACUGCUUAAUCUAAGUAAAUAUGGAUGGUAUUGGGGUCCCAUAUCAGGAGAUGAAGCUGAUGCCAAACUUAUAUCUGAGCCAGAUGGUGCAUUUCUGGUUCGGGAUUCGUCAGACGAUAGGUAUGUCCUAACACUCAGCUUUAAAUCAUCGGGAAAGAUGCUGCAUGCGCGUAUGGAACAUACUGGUGGCCUAUUUUCUUUGUGCAAUCAAAGCACCGAGAACGAAGGUUUUACUUCGGUGGCUGCCUUAAUAAAUCACUCCAUGAACUUCAGCCAAUCCGCUGUAAUUUGUUACUCGAGACCAAAAUAUCCAGGAUAUCCAUCGUUUCCGGUCAGAUUAACGAAACCAGUGAGCAGAUUCACACAAGUAAGGAGUCUGCAAUAUCUUUGUCGUUUUGUCAUUCGUCAAUAUAUUAGAUUAGAUAAUAUACACAAGUUGCCUUUGCCAAAAACCAUCAAGGGAUAUAUUCAAGAAGCACAUUAUUAAAAUUUAACAAAUAGAGAAAUAAAGAAUGUUGAGAUUAAUAAUGAAAUUAUUUUUAUCAAGGUACAUAUGAAUAGAAAGAGUGGAGUAUAGAACAGAAUUUUAUGAUGAAAUGGCAGCAAAAGUAUACACACAUAAUUGUAUCAGUAUAACACAUAUACUGAAAGAAUUUAAAAUAUUUUCUUAUUUAUAUAUACAUAUAUAGAUGAGAAAAUUUUUUAAAUUCUCAGUGUGUUAUACUCACAAAAAUAUUUUCAAUAAAAUUUCCUCAAAUCGUGAUCUAUCGUUAUCAGGAAUGACUAAUUAUCUAGUAUCAAAAAAUAUAAAGCAGAUAAAAUACGAUUUAAAUGAUAAAAUAUGGAAAAA